AUGGAUCCAACCCAUGUUGAGGUCAACAGUCAACCUCAAGAAGAGGUCGACUUGACCGAUGACCAAAUCCAACAGCUACUGCUUGAAGCAGAAGGUCGCCUUCGCGGCUCUGAUGUUCAACUUGCCCAAGACUUGGACAUCACGUCUCUAAGCAUUCCAAAAAUGUCCUCAGGCACCUCACUUGAGCCGUAUGUCCGCCAGGGCGAUGAUGUCGCAACCAUUGAUUCAGCUCAGUUGGUCGAUCCCAGACAGAAAGAAUUAUCUAAUUCUCUACGCUUGAUUCAGCAUGCCAAGAAAUCUACUAAACGCUUGAUGCAGCGUAACCAGCCCGUCUUGGGCUGUGCUGCACCAGAAAAAGCCACUGCUGGACCCCAGUGGUUCGACCUCCCCAAGACGGAGUUGACUACCGAACUCAAAAGAGAUUUGCAAUUGUUGCGAAUGCGCUCUGUGUUGGACCCCAAACGGCACUACAAGAAGGAGAAUGGCAAGGCAAAAUUGCCUGAGUUCUCCCAGGUCGGAACCAUUAUCGAGGGACCCACUGAAUUCUUCAGUGGCCGGAUUGCGAAGAAAGACCGCAAGAAGACCUUUGUUGCAGAGGCAAUGGCUAUUGAGCGGGAAACUGGACGGUUCGAGUCCAAGUACCGUGCUAUUCAAAGCACUAAGACAAGUGGGAAAAAAGCCUUCUACAACAACCUACAGGCAAAGCGAAACGGAAAGAAGCGGUGA